AUGGGCCCGAAGCUUGUGAAGCCGAUGCAAGGUGUGUUGGCGGGGGAUGAGAAUGGAGACGGCAGUGAGAUCUCUGGAGAUGUCAUCUUCGAGAAGUCCUUCGCACACGAGGUCAAGAGCGUUCACGACCGGUGGUUUCUGCUGAGCCUCAAGCUGACCGACGAGCUUGAGGAUACGGCUCCUGUCGGCAUGCAGCCGUCGUUGACGCUGACGCACCAGGCGUCCGUGGGAGCCUUCGCAAGCUUGAUCAAGAUGCUUCCGACGUGGAAUCGCGCGCUGCAUGAUUCCUACAAACAGCAGAGAAAAGCGAAAAGGAGAUCCAUGCGCGCUACGUCGGCCCGAAUGAACGAGAUGGUGAAGGACAACACGUGUCUGCAACCCCUCAUCAUUGUGCCUUCGAGCCCGAAACGGGUGCUAUGGACGUUUAUCGGCUUCCUCUUCAUCGUGUGGGACCUUGUGACAAUCCCCAUGACCCUCUUCGACAUCCCUGGCUUCUCAGGCUUCUUGGACCUCAUGGGGAAGAUCACCUUCGGCUACUUCUUCGCGGACACGUUUCUGCACUUCAUCUUUGCCGUGGACGUCAAAGGUCAGCUGGAGAUGCGACCACGAGCCAUCGCUCGGACCUACAUCCGUUCUUGGUUCUCUCUUGACGUGCUCCUUUUGCUUAUCGACAUAACGCUUUUUACCUUGGAGGCCAUUGCUGCUGGAGAAGCGAUGAGCGGCUUGAAGACCAUGCGGCUCCUGCGCUCGCUACGGCUUCUUCGCCUCAUGCGACUGCUGCGGAUCGGCAAGCUGAAAGAGGUUCUGCAGAUCCUGGCCAACCGCUUCUCCUCCCUUUACUUCCUGAUGAUACUGAAGAUCCUGUCGGGAUUUGGCAUGGUUCUGGCUGUGAACCACUUCAUUGCCUGCUGCUGGUAUGGAGUGGGCCUCAUCAAUGUGGACACCUUCAGCUGGCUCACAGUAGCCGACAUGCAAGAGGCAACCUUUGCUGAGGGCUACAUUACGGCCAUGCAUUGGAGUCUGACCCAGUUCACUCCGGCGACCAACAACAUUGCCCCGGCAAACUACCUGGAGAGGAUGGUUGCGGUUUUCGUGAUCCUCUUGGCUAUGGGAGUCUUCUCAUCCUUUGUCAGUUCCAUCACCAGCGCUGUAAAUUCUCUGCGCGCAGUUCGCAUGCAGCAGAUCACGCAGGAAAACAAGAUCCGCCAGUUCUUCAGUGAGCGAAAUCUCUCCGCAGAGCUCUUCAACAAAAUCCAGGAAGUGUGCCGAAAGCGUGGCCUCUUCGACAUGCGGUUGAAGGAGGAGGAGGUGGGUCUCCUCAAGGAGAUCCCUGAGUCGCUGAAGCGCCGGCUGCACGAGGAGAUUUUCUUGCCCCUGCUGAACAUUGCGCCCUUCUUUCCCUACUGGAGCAUCUGGGAAUGCUGUUGGUGA